AUGGCGUUCGCGAUGUCGCGGCACCUCCCGGGAUGCCAGCUCAGCCAGCCCGCCCGGGCGGGGCAGCGCCCGUGCGGCCGGGCGGUCACGCCAGCGCGGAGCGUUCGUGCGAGAGGGCUGAACCGCAGCGCCAACCGCUCCCGUUGGUCGUCGGGGAAUGCCGGGGGGCCGGGUGGAGACGCAGCGGACGGAGUCGCCGGCGGCCAGCUCGCGGAACUGCGCGGCGACGAGGGACAGCUGCUGGAGGCGUGCUCAUCGUUGACCCCGUCGCAGGUCGUGUGGGGCGCUGCGGAGGACCUUGCCGCGGAAUUCGCGGCAGUUGAUCGUCACGUGUUCCAGUGCAGCGCUCGUGUCCAGCGAGCAAUGGCACGGGCGCGUGUUGGCCCGCAUCACUUUCAGGGCUCCACAGGCUACGGGCACGGCGACAUCGGUCGCGACGCCCUCGACGAGAUCGUCGCAGAGGUCAUGGGCGCUGAGUCGGCCAUGGUGCGCGCGCAGUUCAUGUCCGGCACGCACGCGAUCGCGACCGCGCUGUACGCGUGCUUGCGGCCGGGCGACGAGCUGCUCGCGGCCGUGGGGGCGCCCUACGACACCAUGGAGGAGGUCAUUGGGCUGAGGGGGGUGCCGAACGUGGGGUCGCUGCGAGACUGGGGGGUGUCGUACCGGGAGCACCCGACGCUCGACGGCGGGCGCGUGGACGUGGAGGGGCUCGGGGCGGCGGUGGCGCGCGGGGGCGGGAAGACCAGGGUGGUGCUGGUGCAGCGGUCGUGUGGGUACGCGCUGCGGCCGACGCUGACGAUCGAGGAGGUCGGCGCGUGCGUGCGGGCGGUCAAGGAGGCGGACCCGGACUGCCUCGUCCUCGUCGACAACUGCUACGGCGAGUUCGUCGAGGCCAAGGAACCGCCGGCAGUGGGCGCUGACCUGUGCAUGGGCUCGCUGAUCAAGAACGGCGGGGGGACCAUCGUGCCCGGCGGCGGGUACGUCGCGGGCCGCGCGGACUUGAUCGACCGCGUCGCAGCCCGGCUAUCGGCGCCGGGGCUGUCGACCGACGCGGGGCAGGUGGACGGCACCACGCUGCGGCUCAUGUUCCAGGGUCUGUGGCUGGCGCCGCAGAUGACCGCGGAGGCGCUCAAGGGCGGCAUGCUGGUCGCGGCGGUCAUGCGCGCCGAAGGCCACGCCGUGGACCCGAAGAUGGCGCGCUGGCCGCGCGUGGACUUCAUCACGCCGGUGGAGCUCGGGUCCCCGGAGGCGAUGGUUGCCUUUGCGCGUGCGCUGCAGGAGCGGUCGCCGGUGGGGUCGUACAUCAGGCCGGAGCCCGGCGUGACGGCGGGGUACGGCGACCCCGUGGUGUUCGCCGACGGCACGUUCAUCGACGGGGCGACCUCGGAGAUGUCUGCGGACGGGCCGAUGCGGGCGCCGUAUGUCAUCUACUGCCAGGGCGGCAACCACUGGACGCACUGGGCGUACGCGCUGGAGGGCGUCGUAGAGGCGCUGCGUGGUCUCGCCGGAUCCGAGCAGGCGGAGCGCGCGGACAGCGUCGCGGCGUGA